CCAGGGCCCGGGACGCGCACCUUCGUCCGCGGUUCUCCCGCACAGCGGCGACUGCGAUCGCGCUGCAGGGUUAGUGCAACCUCAACUUCAGGCAAAGGUGGGAUAUCAUGGCAUCUGUCUGGGUUGGACACCGAGGGACAAUGAGAGACUAUCCAGGCUUUAGCCCAUCAGUGGAUGCUGAAGCUAUUCGUAAGGCAAUCAGAGGAAUUGGAACCGACGAGAAAACGCUCAUCAGCAUUCUGACUGAGAGGUCAAACACACAGCGGCAGCUGAUUGUGAAGGAGUAUCAAGCAGCAUAUGGAAAGGAGCUGAAAGAUGACUUGAAGGGUGAUCUCUCUGGACAGCAGCUCAAGAUCGAGCUGUCUUGUCUUCAUUCCAGUCAACUGAAAAGCGGCACUGGAACAAAUGAAGAUGCCUUGAUUGAAAUCUUAACCACCAGAACAAGCAGGCAAAUGAAGGAGAUCUCUCAAGCCUAUUACACAGUAUAUAAGAAGAGUCUUGGAGAUGACAUUAGUUCUGAAACGUCUGGUGACUUCCGGAAAGCUCUGUUGACUUUGGCAGAUGGCAGAAGAGAUGAAAGUCUGAAAGUGGAUGAGCAUCUGGCCAAAAAGGAUGCCCAGAUUCUCUACAAUGCUGGUGAGAACAGGUGGGGCACGGACGAAGAUAAAUUCACUGAGAUCCUGUGCUUAAGGAGCUUCCCUCAACUGAAACUAACAUUUGAUGAGUACAGGAAUUUCAGCCAGAAGGACAUUGAGGACAGCAUAAAAGGAGAAUUAUCUGGACAUUUUGAAGAUUUACUGCUGGCCAUAGUUUAUUGCACGAGGAACACGCCUGCCUUUUUAGCUAAAAGACUACAUCAGGCUUUGAAGGGUGCUGGAACUGAUGAGUUUACUCUGAACCGAAUAAUGGUUUCCAGAUCAGAAAUUGACCUGUUGGAUAUUCGAGCCGAGUUCAAGAAGAAUUACGGCUAUUCCCUAUAUUCAGCAAUUAAAUCAGAUACCUCUGGAGACUAUGAAAUCACCCUCUUAAAGAUCUGUGGAGGAGAUGACUGAGUGAAGAUGAUCUCCAAAAGUCACCUGCUCCCAUGACGAGCUCUUCCCAAGGCUCCGCUCAUUUCUUUCCCACAAUAUUUAAAAGUGUAAGCAAGUGUAAACAGCAACCUGUUUUCCUCAUAGAAAUUUUUAUUGUCCCAUAACAACAAUAACAACAAAAGUGAUUAUUUUAGAGCACCUCAUUUAUAAUGUAGUAGUUUAUAAAUGAAAUUUAAAAUGGUAUUAAGGAUCUUGUAACACUAUCCAAAUUACACUCAUAUUUCUGCUUAGAAAGUCAGAAUCUGCAUAGUUCUAACCCAUUAAAUAUAAAGCAGGGUAAUAAAAAUUGCUGCCUUUGUUAAAGAUAAUUUGUCUGUUUUUAGAGUCUACCAGCAUUGGGCUGGUGCUAACAACUAAUGUUAUUUCAAAACACAUUUUUGUUAUGAAAGCUGUCAUUGCUUCCAUUUAUCUGUCACCUUGUUAAUCAUGCUCUUCUUUAAAAAAGGAAUAAAAUGAUGAUGUAUGUGACCCUG